UUUUGCUUCGUUCUAGUGACUUUCCCCCCGUCAUGGUGGUAUUAAAUGUCACAACAAAUGUCACCCAGCGAUGCUUUUAAGAAAUGGCCAAAACGCAGAUAAACAACUUAAUUUCACUCGUGUUCGUGUUCGGAAUCGUUUUAGAUUGCGAUUUAAGCGGUGCAGGAAUCACUCGCCCCAUCACCACAAAAUGCGAGUUUUUCAACCAAACUCUGUGUGCAGACAGCAAGGGGGCCACCUGCAACGAAAUUCAAGAGUGUGAGAAGCCCGAGGAUGGUAAACGCAACCAUUGUUUCGUUUUGUGGUCAUGGGAGGACAACGGAAGCGUCAGUAUCGCCCUCAAGGGGUGUUUCCUCAACAGUGAGCAAUGCUACGAUAAGACAGAGUGUGUGGAGACAAGCCCCAAAAGCAAGAAACCCAAACACAUGUUUUGUUGUUGCGAGGGGAAUAUGUGCAACCAGAAUUUCACAUGGGAGCCGGCGCCCCCCACUGAAGCCCCACCAUCGAGCACCCCCAUUCCGGUUGUCUACAACCCAGAUUUUAUCUACUAUAUAGCCCCAGCUGUCUUUAUGGGUUUUUUGGUGUUGUCAGCCCCCAUUGUGUGGUAUUGUUGGCGUAAACGUAAAUUUUACUUCAAUGAGGUAAUUAUCACCCAAUUAUUAUUAUUAUUACUACAAGAAAUUAUUUUUUUUUUGCUGUCACAAAAGUGGGGUUUGCCAACGAGUGAGCCACAUCCAUUACCGCCCCCUUCACCCUUUUUGGAUACACGUCCCAUUCAAUUGAUUGAAAUUAAGGCUCGGGGGCGUUUUGGGGCUGUCUGGAAGGCACAAUUUAAAUCGGAGGAGGUUGCUGUUAAGAUUUUUCCCAUUCAGGAUAAACAAUCGUGGAUUACCGAACAGGAAAUUUUCAAAUUGCCACAUAUGAAUCAUCCGAAUAUUUUACAGUUUAUUGGUGUUGAAAAAAGGGGUGAUAAUUUGAAGGCUGAAUUUUGGUUGAUAACAGCGUAUCAUGAAAAAGGGUCGUUGUGUGAUUAUUUAAAGGCACAUACGUUGACGUGGAAUGAAUUGUGUUCGGUGGCGGAGACAAUGGCAAGAGGUUUGAUGCACCUCCACGAAGCCAUUCCCGGUAAAUCCCCCACAGAUCAAUCAAAGCCACCUAUCGCUCAUCGUGAUUUUAAAAGUAAAAACGUCCUCCUUAAAAGCAACAUGACUGCAUGUAUAGCCGAUUUUGGUCUUGCACUUGUCUUCGAAUUUGGUAAAUCAUGUGGUGAUACACAUGGUCAAGUUGGUACACGUCGUUAUAUGGCCCCCGAAGUCCUCGAAGGUGCUAUCGAUUUUAAUCCUGAUGCAUUUCAACACAUCGAUAUGUACGCUUGUGGCUUGGUUUUAUGGGAAUUGGUGUCGCGUUGUACUGCCCAAGAUGGUCCUAUUGCCGAUUAUCGACUACCUUUUGAGGAGGAGGUCGGUCAACAUCCCACACUUGAGGAUAUGCAAGAAUCGGUAGUGCAGAGAAAAGUACGACCGGUGAUACAGGAGCAUUGGAAACAGCAUCCGGGAUUGGCAGCAAUGUGUGAUACGAUUGAAGAGUGUUGGGAUCAUGAUGCUGAGGCGAGAUUAAGUGCGAGUUGUGUCAUGGAGAGAGUGAUGUUGCAGAAGAGAUAUGGGCAUGGUGGGUAUGGUAUGAGGAUUGAAAAUGAGAAUUUGUUAUCGCCGUUGAAGGAGAAUAGCAUGUAGGGAGUUAUCAUCAGCAGUGGAUAAAAUCAGUACCUGCAUUGCUAAUAAAAUCAGUACCUGGGCGUCGAGCAGCCUGUGCCGUGUCUUAGUUACCACACUUGCCUAUCAGGAGAAGUAUUUCAUCGUUUUUUUUUUGUUUUUUUUUCUU